AUGAAGGCGACGACGGCUUCAGGAUCGAGCUCGACGCCGGCUCACAAUGCACCACUACCACCUAGCGCAUCUUCAGCAGCGCGAUCGUCGCGUAUCGCACCACACUCGCAUAUCAAAGGUCUCGGAUUGAAUUCAGAAGGGUACGCGACACAGGACACUGCUGGGUUCGUUGGGCAAGCCCAGGCGCGCGAGGCCUGUGGAGUUAUCGUUGACCUUGUAAAAUCGCGCAAGUUCUCUGGUCGGGCGCUCUUGCUCGUCGGUGCACCAGGAACUGGCAAAACCGCCUUGGCUCUGGCCAUCUCGCAAGAAUUGGGAUCCAAGGUGCCCUUCUGCCCGAUGGUAGGCUCGGAGGUGUACAGUACCGAAGUCAAGAAGACGGAGGUUCUCGCAGAGGCGUUUAGGCGAGCCAUUGGUCUGCGAAUCAAGGAGACUAAAGAUGUCUACGAAGGCGAGGUCACGGAGCUCACACCGACUGAAUCUGAAAACCCGUUGAGCGGAUACGGCAAGACGGUUUCCCAUGUCGUGGUGGGGUUGAAGACGGCCAAGGGCACGAAGCAGCUCCGUCUAGAUCCCACAAUAUACGAGUCGAUUCUCAAGGAGAAGAUCGUUGUGGGAGACGUGAUCUACAUCGAGCAUAAUACUGGAGCUGUGAAGCGAGUGGGUCGGUCAGAUGCCUACGCUGCGUCGUACGACUUGGAAUCAGAAACAUACGUACCUCUUCCCAAGGGGGAUGUCCACAAAAAGAAAGAGCUUGUUCAGGAUGUGACGUUGGGAGAUCUGGAUGCUGCGAAUGCCCGUCCUCAAGGCGGACAGGACAUCAUGAGCGUCAUGGGAAGCCUGGUCAGAAGUGGAAGGACAGAAGUCACCGACAAGCUCAGGAAAGAGGUUAACAAGGUCGUCAAGGGAUAUGUGGAUCAGGGCGUGGCCGAAGUCGUGCCAGGCGUCGUCUUCAUUGAUGAGGUGCACAUGCUUGACAUUGAGUGUUUUACGUAUUUGAAUGCGCUGCUAGAAUCCCCGAUGGCGCCUACCGUUAUUCUCGCUACGAAUCGAGGCAAUUCAUUGAUUCGGGGUACCACCGACAUCAUCUCCCCUCACGGGAUACCGGUGGACCUCCUCGACCGAUGCAUGAUCGUCAAAACGGAUGCCUACAACACCGAACAGAUCGCUAAAGUCAUCCAGCUGCGCGCGAAUGUGGAAGGUCUGAAGUUGGGUCCUGGUGUUCUCGACCGCCUCGCUGCUGAAGGCGAGAAAUCAUCUCUACGGUAUGCCCUGCAACUUUUGACUCCCGCUUCAAUAUUGGCGGGAUUGGCAGGAAGGGACCAGAUUGAGGUUGAGGAUGUUGGGGAGAUGGGAGAGCUUUUCUUGGAUGCCAAGACGAGUGCUUCGCAGAUUAGUGAGGCGGGGUAUAGUACCUAG